AUGGCUCAAAGACUUACUUAUCGUCGUCGUUGUUCUUACAACACUCGUUCCAACCGUGUCAGAGCCGUAAAGACUCCUGGCGGAAAGCUCGUUUUCCAAUAUCAAAAGAAGCCUGUCAAGGCUCCUCGUUGUGGUGAUUGCGGUGAAACCCUCGCUGGUAUCAAGGCCCUCCGCCCUCGUGAAUUCGCCACUGUCUCCAAGACUCAAAAGCAUGUUAGCCGUGCCUAUGGUGGUUCUCGCUGUGGUCAAUGUGUUAGAAACCGCAUUGUUCGUGCUUUCUUGAUUGAAGAACAAAAGAUUGUCAAGAGAGUUCUCAAGGCCCAAAAAUAAAUAAUCUAAUAUAGUUGAUUUUCAUUAUAAUUAAAAUGCAUUGAAUUAUUUCGACAGACUUUAUUCGAUUCAAAACUGACAUGUUUUCUUGUAUGGAUGUUGUUAAUUUUCAUGUCAAAUUCAAAAAAAAAAGAGGAUAUGAAGGGCUGAUUUAUGAAAAUUAUUCAUGUGUUUGUGUUUGAGUAGCUAUUUUAAUAAUCUUUAUUCAUUCGGACUAUAUAUAA